UCCGGGAGCGGCGUGGGGAGGCGGAGGGGCGCUGGGGCCGCCCGCGUCGGGAAAGGCUGCGCUGUUGGAGAAAUAAACGUGAGCCGUCCCUGAGGGCUUCCUCCAGUUAAUUUGUUUUGGGGCCGCGGGACGUGGUCUGCAAAUGUAGAAAUGAUGGCAGAAGAUUUAGAAAAGUUUAUUGAAGAUCAGAAGGCCAAAUUGGCACAAGAUAAGGCAGAGCUUGAAAAUGAUCCACCUUACAUGGAAAUAAGGAAUAAGGAAUCAGAGAAGCUUUCUGAGACUGGCAAAAUGUUCAUCUCCAUGUCUAAAGAAAACAUACCUCCAAACAGUCAGCAGAACUGUCCUUUAGGUGACUAUGGCUGGAGUUUACCUCUCGGAGAAGAAUAUGAGCGAAAGAAGCAUAAACUAAAAGAGGAACUUCGACAAGAUUAUAGGCGAUAUCUCUCUCAGAAAAAUUACCUGACUACAGGUGAAGUAGACCCUUAUACUCAGGGAUUAUCUCUUCCUAUUGAUGAGCGAAGGUCUGCCAAGGAGAAACUACGUCUUGAAAGAAACAAGGACUACAAUCAGUAUCUCAGGGAUAAAGAAGAAUGGAAUGAAAAGCUAAGAAAACUAGCAAAGAAAAGCACAGAGCAUCAGAUGGACAGGAAUAAAAAACCAAUUGCUGUUACCAGGCUCCAACCUGAGUUACGUCCAGAUGUAGAGUCCUGUAGUACAGCUGCAGAACCUCUCAGGAAAGAUGCCUUUACUUCCACAGAAGGUUAUGAAGAGCUAAAUAAGCGACGGCUGGAAGAAGACAGGUACCAUAGGCUAGAUGAUGAAAUUGAAUUAAGAAGUCGACUAUUAAAUAAAAGACUUGAUGAAGAUUUGGAUGUUCCUAGUAGAAGACAUCGGGGAUUUGCGAACCAAUCUCUAAUUCCUAUUAGAAGGUAUCACAGACUUGAUGAGGAUCGUGACUUUGAUCGAAGAUACUACAGAACGGACUAUGAUCCCGAGAUAAGUGAAGAAUUAGAUCCUAGAUUUAGAUGUGAAAGUGCUUAUGAAAGAAAACCUCCCCGGCUUUAUUAUUCUGAAAGGCCCGAUCUGGAUGGAAUAGUAAGAGAUCUACCUGCAAAUUAUGAAGAUGAAUUAAAGGAGAGAUCACACGUGCAACGGAUCUCACGAACUGGAAAUUUUAGAAAUCAGGCACAGAUUAGUUCUUUAGCUAAUGAACCUGCCAAGUCUGCUCCUGAAAUGACAUAUGCUACAGGCCUCAUUCUUGGUGAUCAAGACCUAGAACUUCUCCAAAGAAAAAAGGAGAAAUACAGGCAAGAAUUAAUUGAACAGAUGGCUGAACAACAGCGAAAUAAGAGGCGUGAGAAGGAACUUGAACUCUCAGUUGCUGCUUCUGGGGCUAUAGACCCAGAAAAGAAGCCAAAUAGAUUGAAGCAGUUUGGUUUGACAGCAAGAACUUCCGAAGAGAAAGUACCACCUGAAAGGCCCAGGGUUGCUUUCCAAACUCCAGUGUCCAUGCCUUCUAUUUCUCCAGGGAAUGAAGACUUUCACAGAGGGCUAGCCAGUGCUCUUGGUGAAAUGGCAGCUCCCAGGCUCGCCCCUAUGCCACCACCUCCACCACCAGUUUUGACAGACAACUAUAGAACACCUUACGAUGACGCGUAUUACUUUUACGGAGCAAGGAAUCCUUUGGAUCCCAAUCUUGCAUAUUAUGGCACAGGUAUGAUGGGAAUGCAACCCACACCUAACCUGGAUCCUCCUUUAGCCCAAGCCCCGAUAGAGCAGUCUGUGAGUAAUGUUGGGCAGAGGAAUACGGGAGACAAACAAAGAAGCGUAGGAGUAUUUUCUGAAGAAAAGUCAAAGCCUUACAAAGAGGCAACAUUAUCUUACCAGCAGGAAUUGCAGCAGCAGAUAAGGGAGAGAGAGGAAAGACGCAGACAAGAGAGAGAAGAGAAGGAACGUUACGAAGCCAAGUUAGAAGCAGAAAUGAGGAAUUACAAUCCCUGGGGAAAAGGUGGUGGUGGAGCUCCUCUCAGAGAUGCAAAAGGAAAUCUGAUAACUGACUUGAAUAUGAUGCACAAGCAAAAUGAAGAUGCGUAUCAUAAUCCAGAAGCGAGAUUAUAUGAAGAUAAAAGGGCUAUUGUAUCUGUUGACCUAAGUUUGGCCUCACCAAGACCUGAGAACGCAGGAGCAUCUACAAAUAAAAUAGCAGGUUUUGCAUUUGCACAGACUUCUCCUUUUGCUCGAGGCAAUGUGUUUGGUGAGCCACCAUCUCCACAACAACUUAAGCGACAAGAGUCAUACAAAAACUUUCUUCGUCUACAGAUUGAUGAAAAGAGACGUAGGGAAGAAGCAGAGCGAGAAAAACUUAGACUGGAAGAGGAAAAAGAAGAGAAAAGACUAGCUGAACAGAGGAGGAGAAUUCAAAAAGCGUAUGAGGAUGAACAAGAAGAGAAAAGAAGGAAAGAGGAGGAGCGAAGGUUGAAAAACAAAGAAAUGAUUCGAUUAGAUGAAGAAAGACAGAAAGAGGCAGAAAAAAGAAGGAAAGAAAAAGAAGAAAAGCGAGAUGAACAACUUAGACAGUAUUUGGAGAAGGAAAAGGUUGCUAAGAUGGAAGAGGAAAAGAAAACGUUCUCGAGGAAACCUUCUCCUGUCAUUCCUGCUCUUCAGAACAAAUCAAUAAGAAGAGAAGAGAGGAUUCCAUCAGCUGAAAGCCAUAUGUCUUACUAUUCACAAGAUCCUCCACAACCCAGAGCUCCUUCUCCACCUGUCCCAGCUAGAAGAAAUCAGUUGCGAGCACUUGAAGAAAGAAAGAAUGUGAUAAAUGAAUUAUCAGAGAUGAGGAAACAGCUUCGUAGUGAAGAGAGGCGACUGCAGGAACAGUUACUUAAUGUGGCUAGUGAUGAUGAUGGACCAAUUACACGUGGGAGGAGAGAGAAGAAUCCAAAGGACAUAUUUGAGAUGGCCAGGCUUCGUCUGCAGGCUCCGGUGAGGCGACCUUCGUCAAAGGAUGCACAAGAUCCUGUCAAUAUGCAGAACAUCUGGGAUUUUAAUGAACUUAAAUACAAAGAUUCUGAAACACGUGUGGGCUUAAGGCAAAUGUAUCCUGAUCCUCCAAAAGAUGACCGGACUCUUGAGAUUCAACAGCAGGCUCUGUUGAGAGAGCAGCAGAAGAAACUUGACAGAAUGAGAAUGAGGAGAGAAGCAGAAGAUGAUUCUCCUUCUGGCUACAACCCACAAACCAUGGGACUGUUCAGGAAUGACUCCCAUGAAUCCUUGAAGAAUUCACUGUUGGAAUCUGACAGUGCUUUUAUUGGUGCUAAUGGAGAAACUUUUUCCGCCUUAGAAGAAGUUGACCUAUCAUCACAGCUUCCACUUUCUGCAAGGGAGAGGAGACGAAUAAAGAAGAAAGCACUGGAGUGCACUGAAGAUGUCCCACCAGCCCAGACGCUGCUGCUGCAGCCUGACAGUGUGUCCUUGCACUCCGACUUCAGCCUGGAUGUUGAUCAGAUGAAAGGCAGAAACGAAGAACGAGUGCGCAGGCUGACCGAGCUCCAGCAGAGAUCUGCUCACUUAGGUGAGGAUGUUAUCCUAGGAGAAGCAGAUGACCUGCUGAAGCCCCCCCCAGCCAAGGACAGCCGCCCGCCCAGUUCUGUUGACUCCAUUGCCACAGAGCCCUGGCUGCGGCCGGGAACGGCAGCAACGCUGCGCAGGUUUGUGAUGGAGCAGCAGAGCCCAGCAAAGCUGCCUCCUGAGGGCACGCUGCCACUGGGCUGGCAGGGCCUCUCCACUGCACAUGGCUGAGCACAGCCUGUGUGGAACCCACGUGUGCCUUGCAGCAAGGGAAGGGAGCGUUCUGUUUGGCACUACUGCACUUUUAGGGUCUCUCAUUUAUCCAGCUGUACUCAAUGUGAAUAGCAUGGAGCUCUGUGUGUAAUUUCAAGUAGCAAUAAUGAAGAAAUGGAAGCUGCAGUGCAGUGGGGAUCCUCAGAGCAGAAUUCUGUACUACAUGCAAGUGGAAGUGGGGCAGUGAAGUAUUUUGGCUUUUUUUGCACUUUUUAUACAAGUUCGUUUCAGCCUUGGAGGUGAAUUUGUAAGGAACAGUGUGUGUGGGAAUUUGAUAUUAAAUCAGAGUUAUGUUUUAUCUUUACAUAGCAAAACUCCAGGAGUGUUUGUUUUCAAAUAGUGGCACAACAGAGAUGCAGUUUGAGCUUUUACCAAAAGAAUGGACAACCUGGCGGUGGCCACUUUCUCAGUGCUGAAUGUGUGCUGGGGUGCUGGGGAGGUGAGCAGUUCUUGUAUGCUAGAAGGUCUGUUAGCAUUAUAUCUUACCUUCCUAACUUGGUUUGUGUUGGAGAUAUAGAAAAUGUGGUAUAUAUUUAUGUUUCUGAUUUAAGAGGUAAUAAUAAAUUAUUUUGUUACUAAAAAUCUGAAAGCAGACUGAAGUUGUAUUAGAACUGCAGUUGCUGUCAGUCACUUUCCUUUUCAUGAAGGAAGCAGAGUGCCAAGGCCCUCUUCAAAGCAGGAAAAAGCCAUGGCUGAGCAGAAGCUCUGCUCUUCAGCAGUGUCCACAGCUUUUAGCACAACUCCCUUCUCUUUUGCUUACGGUUACCUUCCCACUACAUCCACCAUGCUAUUCCCAAACCUCUUGGUUCUUCAAAAAAGAUCUUCCAAAUCCUUCCUUCAGCUUUCUGCACAGCCCAAGUCCAGUUAAUUUUAUUAUUUAUUAAUAAUUUAAAAUCAUGCCUGUUUCAUCUUCAUCUUUCACCAGUGAAACAGUGUUCCCACCUCUCCCUGCAGCUGCAGGGCUGGAGCACAGCAAGACCUGGAGGUCAGCAUGAGAGAAAUGACAUUGGGGAUUUGCGAACCAAUCUCUAAUUCCUAUUAGAAGGUAUCACAGACUUGAUGAGGAAAUGCUGCCUGUGGACUAACACUGAACAGCUACUCAGUCUUUUCCACUCAAGCAGUAAAGUGAAGAAGGGCACAAAAGGAUAACACAGUGAAAAAUGACUAUUAAAGUAGGGAAUACACCACAGGGAAAUAAAACAGUAAGGUUUUACAAGGCACCAGCGCUCAUGGAUGCUGAAUACUGGAUGGCACACAGCCAUGUAGACAGAAACCAGACUAACAGCUCAGUAGGCAGCGCUCUUUUUGCUACACCCCAAUUAACAUUAUGAGUGAGUGCAAACUACAUGGAGGUCAGGCCCUUUAAUUCCCCUCAGUGGCUUUUCCCCAGCUACUGCACUGAACUGCUUCCAGCUCUGCCUUCCAGUGCCCUGCUGCUGUCCACUC